GUGGUUUCAUUUACUUCGCGCUUCACGCCCGGCUUGUGAAGGAGGAAGAAAGAAACAGAGAGAAAAGCGCCUCAUUCUUCUCAUUCAAACUUCCUUCUAUCACCGGUCACUGGUGAAUUUUCCUGAUCCCAGCUAAUCUUUCCGGCGGUCCUCAAAGUUCCAUUCCCAACCAGAAUGGGAGUUGGUACGGAAGCGAAAGGUGGAGAUGAAGGGGUUAGGAGGAGAGGUUGCUCGUGCACAAAGAGCGACUUUCUCCCAGAGGAGUCGUUCCAAAGCAUGAGCAACUACUUGCAGGCACUUCGUGAGACUCCAAUGAGGUUCAAGGACAGGCUCCUUUCCAGAUCAAUGGACUCCACCGAGAUCAAUGAUAUCAAGGGCCGAAGCGAGCAUGAGAUGAAAAAGAACUUAAACUGGUGGGACCUAAUCUGGUUCGGCAUCGGCGCUGUUAUCGGCUCUGGAAUUUUUGUCCUCACUGGACUCGAGGCAAAGGAGGACGCCGGCCCUGCCGUCGUCUUGUCUUAUGUGGUUUCAGGAAUCUCUGCCAUGCUCUCUGUCUUCUGUUACACCGAGUUCGCCGUGGAAAUUCCUGUUGCGGGUGGUUCAUUUGCUUACCUAAGGGUAGAGCUAGGUGAUUUCAUGGCCUUCAUUGGCGCGGGCAACAUCCUCCUUGAGUAUGUGAUUGGUGGUGCUGCUGUGGCCCGGUCAUGGACAUCCUACUUCGCCACCCUCUGCAACCACAAACCUGAUGAUUUCCGGAUCAUAGCCCAUAGUCUUCCCGAUGAUUACGGCCACCUUGAUCCCAUUGCGGUUGUCGUUGUUUCCAUAAUUUGUAUCCUCGCCGUCAUUAGCACCAAGGGAUCGUCACGCUUCAAUUAUAUUGCUUCCAUUUUCCACAUUGUGGUGAUUCUAUUUAUCAUUAUUGCUGGCCUUGUCAAUGCAGACACUAAAAAUUAUACAGAUUUUGUUCCCAACGGUCCUCGGGGAAUUUUUAGAGCUUCAGCUGUGCUUUUCUUUGCAUACGUUGGAUUCGAUGCUGUUGCCACAAUGGCUGAAGAAACCAAAAAUCCUGCUCGAGAUAUUCCUAUUGGUCUCGUGGGCUCAAUGACAAUAACUACAUUGCUCUACUGUUUGCUAGCCGUGACAUUGUGCCUUAUGGUUCCAUACAAGCAAAUCGAUCCAGAUGCUCCAUUUUCUGUAGCAUUUCAGGCUGUAGGUUGGGAUUGGGCUAAAUACAUUGUGGCUGCAGGCGCAUUGAAGGGCAUGACUACUGUUUUGCUUGUUUCAGCAGUGGGUCAGGCUCGUUAUCUCACACACAUUGCUCGUACUCACAUGAUGCCACCAUGGCUAGCUCAGGUCCAUCCAAAGACUGGGACUCCGAUAAAUGCAACAAUUGUCAUGCUUACUGCUACUGCUAUAAUUGCCUUCUUUACGAAUCUUUCGAUUCUAUCCAAUCUUCUUUCCAUCUCCACUUUGUUCAUCUUCAUGCUUGUGGCCUUGGCACUUCUUGUACGACGUUACUAUGUUAGUGGAGUGACAACAUCUGCUGAUCAUACGAAGCUCAUCGCGUGCAUAUUGAUGAUUCUUGGUGCCUCAAUUGCCACUGCUGCUAUUUGGGGAGCGGGUGGAGAUGGUUGGAUAGGUUACGUGAUCACCCUACCAAUUUGGUUCUUGGCUACUCUGGCACUCCAUGUUUUUGUUCCACAAGCAAGGGCUCCAAAAUUGUGGGGGGUUCCAUUGGUUCCGUGGAUACCAUCUGCUUCAAUUCUUAUCAACAUUUUCCUUCUGGGAUCGAUAGAUGGGGCGUCAUUUGUAAGGUUUGGCAUUUGGACUGUCAUCUUGUUGAUCUACUACUUCAUAUUUGGCUUACAUGCCUCUUAUGACACGGCCAAGGAGUUCGCGGAGAAUAGAGCUGUGGAAAGCUGGAAAGUGGAAGAAGGUGCAUAGUUUGGCUGAUGUGUAUAGCAAUUUCUAUAAAUGGUAUUUCCUUACAAUAUAUAUUGUGAAUCAUGUUUAGCCUCUAUGAGAAGUUUCUCUUGUCAAUUACUAAUAUUUUAUGGGUAAUUUUAUUUAUGCACUUUUGUCAAAUACAUCUUUUCUCUUU